AUGCGCACAAAUGUUGGCGACCUCACCCACAAUUUUGUCCUGCGCCAUCGAGCCGACGUUGUUGCUGUGACGGAAACGUGGCUCACUGAGGAGGUGGAGCCAACGUUUGGCAAAAUCCAGGGUUAUUCCCACUGGGUGAGGAAGGACAGGGAGAACAGAGCAGGCGGAGGCGUGGCUGCCUGCUUUAAGGACUGCCUAAAUGUACAGAAGCUCGAGGUGACGCUGCCUCACCGAACGGAAGCUCUAUUUUUCAGGGUGGCACUGACGGACAACAGUGGUCUCCUCCUCUGUGUCAUGUACCGCCCCCCUAGGCAAAGGCGGGCUCCUCUGGAUUGCCUGACGGAGGAGCUCGACACCCUGCUCCUGCGUCACCAGUGCUCCCACGUGAUGGUGGUGGGAGAUCUAAACUUCCACCUGGAGCAGGGAGCCUUUGAUAACUUACUGACGGUGCAGGGUCUGGUAAACCACGUAACCUUCCCCACACAUGAGCGAGGAGGGCUACUGGACCCUGUGCUAUCGGACCUCCCCGAGGCCAGCCUCCGCUGCCAGCAGCUGGGGCCAGUGGGCAGCUCUGACCACUAUGCCGUACUGGCUCGGGUUGAGCUGACCACAGAGAGGGAAGACGCAGUCCCGCGCACCAUCUGGCUUUGGGAGAGGGCCGACUGGCCGUCAAUGAGACACGCCGUGGAGGACACGGACUGGGUGACCCUGUUGGAUGGGGACGCCGAGGCCAAGGCACGGGCUCUCACCACCAAGCUCCUUGCCCUCCAGCAAGAAUAUGUCCCCAGCAGGGUGUACCUCGCCAGGCCUAGUGACCCCGCUUGGUUCGGUUUCCGAUGCCGGGUUGCUGCCGAGGCCAAGCAUGCCGCCUGGGAAAGGCCUGACGGUUCCACGGCCACAAGCAGUGGAGACAAAGCCUCGCUCAUGGCUGAACUAUUCGCCAAGAAAAUGAAGGUUGGUGACCCGGAACGACCCGCACCUGUGCUGCCACAGGAGACCGACCGUGUUAUCUCCUCUGUGUCGGUGACGGCAGGGCAGGUUGAGCGGCUGCUCAGCGCGCUGGACGCAGGUAAAGCCGUUGGCCCGGAUGACAUAAGCCCACGCCUCCUCAAGAAUUGUGCCAAGGAGCUUUCAGGUCCUCUCUCCGCCGUCUUCACGUCUUGCCUGAUGGAGUGCAAUGGAAACCUGAGGCACGCACGACCAGGGAAUCCGAGGGGCGUCGCGGCACUGCGGGGCGCGAGGGUUGGCACUGAGGGCGCCAAAGGGCGGGCCGCGAGAGGCUGA